AUGGUCGUGCAGAAUAUGUGCUUUGGAAUUGUUGCUCAACCUGUGAGGAAGAAGGCCAAAAAACAUUCCAUUAGCGACUCUGUGAGAGAUCAAGAACCUCUCCACGUGCAAAACCAGAGGGAGUAUGAGGAACGCUUGCGAAGGGAAGCCAGAGAAGAGCAGAAGGAGGAGCGAGCGAGUCUUAUGGCCAUGUGGAAGGAGAUGAUGGAGUUUCAAGGGAACCUCUUAAAGGAGUUUAUUCAGCGUCCAUCUCUGCCUUCACUUCCAUCUUACCACAGACAUGCUCUUCACAACCAAGGACGCUCUAGUUUUCCAAGCACUAGCUACAUGGCACCGUACGACUCUCCAGGAGCUGAAACUGAGAAUGAAAGUGCAAUCUCACACGAGGAAGAGGAGGAGGAGGAGAAAUAUGUUAUUCCAGCCGAGACUGCACCCGUGUUGGACGUUCAGCCUGUUAACCGUGCAAACGACGGCCAAUCAAACACAGCAGAGACCGAUUCAGCAGGAAAGAGCGAUCUGGAGAUGUCUGUGCUACGCAGACAGGAAAUAGUCUUACAGCUUCAGGAAGAAUACUACUCACUCAAAAUCAAGUAUCUGAAACACAAGAUGGCCAAGGAUCCAUGACCGAACGCUAAAGAGGAGUGUUAACUGUUCUGCUCUUUCAAGCUGUGAAAACUUGCUUUGCAAAUGUAGAUGUUCUCAGCUGGACUGUGGAAAAUAUCAAUGUGUAGUUGUCUGUGCACCUCAUAUCUCUUGUAGUUCAUAUUACAUAUUUUGACCAGUAGAUGGCAAGGUGGUUACUUCAUAGAAAUUAACAGGUAGGUCUAGGUUUUUCUUUAAAUAUGCGAAUAUUUAUAAACAUUUGCAAAUUUUUAUGGCAGUUUACCAGCAGUUAUUGGUUUUUGGGACAUUAUUUUGCAAAAUUCUCCCCAUUUUCUCCACUAUAUUGGGCUUAUUAUAAAUGAUUCAUUGGUUUAUGUAACACCCACUUUCACAAUCAAUUCCUGAUGGAUAACAGUCUUGCUCUACCUUUCAUUUUCUGUUUUGCACAUUACAGCAGUAAAAUGUGUUGCAAAUACAUUUUAAUGUUGACUAAAGGAAUUAACGUGAGCUGGA